AUGAACUCGUCCAAAUUACAACCCACAAAUUACAAUGAGAAAAAAAAUCAGAUUCAGAAACUAAGAUACAGAGAUAUGAAGCUUAAGCUGAAGAAACUCAGAAGCAGAGACGAACAAACUCUGAAGAUCUACUCUCCGUCCACCGCCACAGAUCGCCGCGUCCUCACCGCCGCUGCGUCCUCGUCGUCGUUGCGUUCGCGGUGUGACCUAGCCGCCACAGAUCCUCCGUCCACCGCCACAGAUCGCGCCUCCCCUCCGCUUUCGACGCCGGCCACCAUCGCGACUCCCCUCCGAUUUCGAAGCCGGCCACCAUCGCGCCCCCUUCGCUUUCGACGCCGGCCACCAUCGCGCCUCUCCUCCGCUUUCAACGCCCGCCACCAUCGCGUCUCGUCCUCGCACCGUGGCUGUCAAGUGGGAGAGGAGAAGAGAGAUCAGAGUGGGAACGAGAGGGGAGAUGAGAGUGGGAACGAGAGGGGAGAUGAGAGUGAGACGAGAGUGGGAACGAGAGGGGGAACGAGAGGGGAGAGUGAGACGAGAGUGGGAACGAGAGGGGAGAUGAGAGUGGGAACGAGGAAGAACGAGAGUGAGAAGAGGAAAGUGAGACGAGUGUCAGAGGAAAAAGUGAGAAAGUGGGUCAGGUGCUGA